AUGAACUGUUCAAAGAAAUUUGCAGCUCUUGCCCCUCUUUUUGCCCUAUCUGGCGAUCUCGUCACGCAAGUUGUAGUGGAACGCGGCCCUCUGGUUACGCAAGUAGUAGUGGAGGGUGGUCCUCUGGUUACGCAAGUAGUAGUGGAGGGUGGUCCUCUGGUCACGCAAGUAGUGGUGGAAGGUGGCCCUCUGGUCACGCAAGUAGUGGUGGAAGGUGGCCCUCUGGUUACGCAAGUAGUAGUGGACGGUGGUCCUCUGGUUACGCAAGUAGUUGUUGGUUUCGUCGUGCUCUCUGUACUGGUUGAUUCGGCAACUGUCGUGGCAAGCGCUGUAGUGGGUGUAUUUGUUGCAGUGGGUGUAGAUGUUGUAGUAGGU